AUGGAAGCUCCUUUCUGCUAUUGCGGGCAGGGUCGUAUGAUCCUUUUAAUGGCAAAAACCGAAAAAAACUACGAAAAAUAUUUUUUCCGAUGUCCCGCUCGUCAAGAACACCACCGGUGUUUCAUUUGGGCGGACGAUGUUCAUCAUCAAUAUUCUUCACAACCGAGUCAGACUACAUUCUGGAAUGGUCACGGUAAUUCUUCACAAACAACUGCAGACAGCGGGCAUGCAACAGAAUAUUCUGAAACCGCUGGCACAUGGACGCAACCAAUGACGAACAACUCGGGCAAUACUGAUUCGGCUUGUUUGCUUUUAUUUUUUGUUCUUGGACUUUUCUGUUGUGUAGCCAUUCUCAAAAUUCUCGGCCUGUAA